AUUGCUCAUUGGAUAUGAAACUGGUUUUCCCUUCAAUUUCCUCUAUAUAAAUCGCAAUUUCGAUUCAAAUGGGCAUAGUUAUUCGGUAGCAUCCGAAGAAUUAGCAACAUCUCCAAUAUGAAGAAAAUUGUUUGUCUCGUAUUCAUCGCAUCGUGCGUGGUCGCGAUUCCGGUUGACCCGAAUAAUGGUGUGAAAACCGAAUCACCCUCCAAACCGGUACAUCCCGCUCCUCCUCUACUUCCAAGCGACGAGCAAAAAACAACAACGGCAAAGUCUGUCCAUAGGCGCGACACUCAGGCUGUACCAUCACAUGCAACCGCCGGCCAAGAUGAGGUCAAAGAAGGAUCUACUCAAAAACCUCAUACCACCACUGUUGAUUACGCCCCUCAUGCAGUGAAGAGCACUCACAAGCGUGAUACACAGAACAGCGAGGCUAAACCUGUCGCUACCGCUACCGCUAGCCAUCCAGUUUCUCAAAUCAGUAAGAGCGAGUCGAAUCAUGGAUCCCAUUCCAUUGGUUCAAUCAAUGAUCAGAAGUCGGUAAAGUCAGAACAAAAACGAGACACACAAAAUGUUCCUAUCCAUCCAGCCGUUGGCUCCACCGGCAUACUUCCAGCAGCUCAGGUGCCAAAGAACGAAGCUCAUGAAACUCACACAACCCCUGUUUCCAAUGGCCAAAAGGCAGUGAAACCUGCUCAGAAGCGUGACACUCAAAAUGUUUCUACUCACCCAGCCGUUGCCAGUCCUGCCAGCCACUUACCCGGCCAGGCCACUAAGAACGGACCAGAGCAAGCAUCCAAAACUUCUCCAGCAGUCAAUGACCAACGGCCAGUGAAAUCCGUCCACAAGCGCGACACCCACAGCGCCCCUGCCGUUGCUACCAUUGCUAACCAUCCAUCUGCGCAAGCCACCAAAAAUGGACCAGUUGAAGAAGCUCACAAAACUCCAGCAAGCGCUGAUCAGAAAACACUCAAGACAACGCAGAAACGUGACACAGAAAAGUCUCCCGCCCACUCAGCGACUACCACACCUUCCAGUCACGCAGAUGCUCAACUCUCCAAGAACGCUGCAGCUCAAGCACCGCUCUCCACUCCGGUAGUUAAUGGCCAACAGCCAGUGAAAUCCGUGCACCAGCGUGAUACGCAAAAUGUUGCUGCACACCCAGCUGUUGCUGCUCUUCCAUCUGCUAAAGUUACCAAGAAUGAACCUACCCAAGCUUCUCAUGCCACUCCAGCAUCCAAUGGCCAAAAAGAAGUAAAACCGACACAAAAACGCGACACGCAAAACGUACCAACUCACCCGGCUACUUCCUCACCUUCAAGUAAUCCAGCUGCUCAGGCCACCAAGAACGCUGCUGUACAGACGUCCUUGCCUAUUCCCUUGGCAAAUGCUCAACAGCCAGCGAAAUCCGUACACAAGCGUGACACACAAAAUGUUCCGGCAACAGCCGCUCCAGCCGCACAACUGUCUGCCAAAAAAGGACCAACCCAAGCACCAAAGACUACUCCGGAGAACAAAGCCACUCAAAAGCGUGAUACUCAGAACGCUCCAGUUCAUCCAGCCACCACAACUUCUCAUCAAGCUUCUCAAGUGACAAAGGACGGAUCAGCCCACAAAUCUCACAGCGCUCCGGUUACCACUGAUCCAAAGGCAGUGAAAACCGUCAACAAGCGUGAUACGCACGGUGAAUCUGCUCAUCCAGCCACCCAAGCCAAAAGUGGACCAACUCAGGCGCCUAAUUCCAACAAAUCGGGGGCGGUUAAAUCCAAGGUUAAUGCAGUAAAGCAAGCCAUCACUCCCAACAGUGCUAAAAAGCAGCCAACUACUGCGGCCCCCGCUAAAAAGCCCUAAGGCAUGAACUGACGAAUACUUGCAUUGGCCAAGGAAACAAUUAGCUCAAAUAUGAACAAUAAAAUAUAAAUUAUUACAAUCAAAGGAAA